GGCUCAGGGCCGUCGGCUACCGCCCCUUGCCUGUCCGCUGUGGAGGACGCCGGGCUCAGGGGGAGCUGGCCGGGCGGACGGAAGCCCAGAGAGGCCUCGCGGCUUGUGCCUGGGACUGGGGGCGCGGCAGGGACCCCGCGGAUAUGGGACAUGAAGGGCCCGGGGCGCUCCCUGGGGCGACCGGGGCCGGGGAGGUCGAGCUGGCCCCGGGACCCGCUCCCGGAAACCCCUCCGAGGAGUCCGCGGAGGGACCUCGGCCUAUGGGUCUCGGGGUCCGCGAGGACUGCCUACGGAUGCGGCCCUCACGCCGCCCCGCGGCUGCCGGUCGGCUGAGCUCACCUUCCCCGCCGGGGCCGGGCCGGACCGGGCCCCGAGGAACACGAUUUUCCGGCCCCGCUGAGCCCGUUGGCGCAGUCGGGCCCGGGGAGGUUGCGCCGGGACCCCGAGAGGGCCGGGGCUGA